AUGAGGGAGAGGGAGUGGAUCCAGAUGAAAGCGACAUCCGCCUUCCAGGGCAGCAUUCUUGAGGCCAUCGUGGUGGUGAUGUCACCCUCGUUGAGGUGGUGGUUGCUGCUCUGUGGUCUUCAGGGUAUCUGGGCACAGGACUACGAUGAAGACUACGAGGAAGAGGUGGUGGGCACCAGAAGGAAGGCUAAACUCUACACGCCGAACACCAUCCCCAAGAAUGGCAAAUCCCUCAUCAAUGAAGACUGCGGCGUGGAGAUAGCCUUCCUGAUUGACAGCUCAGAGAGUGCCAAAGACAACCAUGCCCAGGAGAAGCGGUUCGCCUCAGACGUGGUCGACCGGCUUCAGGGCCUCCGCCUGCAGACGGGCCGCGGCCUCAGCUCGCGCGCCGCCCUCCUGCAGUACAGCAGCCAUGUCAUCAUCGAGCAGACCUUCAAACAGUGGAGGGGCGUGGACGACUUCAAGGCCCGGAUCGCUCCCAUCGUCUACAUCGGUCACGGCACCUACACCACCUACGCCAUCACCAACCUGACCCGCAUCUACCUGGAGGAGUCGGCAACCAGAAGCAUCAAAGUGGCCGUUCUGCUGUACGAUGGCAUAUCCCACCCCAGGAACCCAGAUAUCUUUUCGGCCUUGGCCGACGCAAAGAACCAGGGGGUCCGUUUUUUUGCCAUAGGCAUCACACCGGAAGCCAAUGAGCCCGCCAACAUAGCCCAGCUGCGGCUGAUUGCGAGCUCGCCGGCCUCACGCUUCCUCCAUAACCUGCAGGACAGAGGCAUCGUCGACAAGGUCAUCAAAGAGAUUACCCAGCUGGCAGAUGAGGGGUGCCCCCUGGCCCUGAGUAAGUGUGCAUGUGACAAGGGUGAGCGGGGACCCACCGGCCCUGCUGGCAAGAAAGGUCGACCUGGUGAGGAUGGAAGCCCUGGUCAGAAAGGACAGAAGGGGGAGAGCGGGCUCAGCGGACUUCCGGGCCGAGAAGGAGGAGAGGGGAAGCCGGGCUACAAAGGCGAGAAGGGGGAGCGAGGAGAAUGCGGCACACCGGGAAUAAAGGGAGACCGGGGUCCCGAGGGGCCGACUGGCACCCGAGGAAGCCGAGGGCUCCAGGGUGUAGCUGGUCCACCUGGAGACAUUGGCCCCGAAGGUACAAUAGGUAGAAAAGGGGAACGGGGACUUCCUGGGCCACCUGGAAUCCAAGGAGAAACAGGGAUUGGCCUUCCGGGACCCAAGGGGGAUGUCGGUAUUCAGGGGCGUCCGGGGCCUCCCGGACCACUGGGUCUCGGGGAACCGGGAUCACCAGGGCCUCAAGGGCCACAGGGGGUUCAAGGAGAGAAAGGACCCCUCGGGGAGGGAUUCCCUGGACCCAAGGGAGUCCGAGGCUUGGAGGGGCCACGGGGGCCCAGAGGAAUGCCAGGAGCUGGGAUCAAAGGGGACAAGGGCGAGUUUGGCCCGCCAGGCCUCCCAGGGCCUAUUGGACUCCCUGGGUUGGGAAUACAAGGGGAGAAGGGUGCAGAGGGACCCAGAGGGCCAAUAGGAAACAGAGGCCCCCCAGGAGAAGGCUUUCCAGGGCCCAAGGGCGAGCAGGGUUUGCCGGGAGAAGUUGGCAUCACAGGAGAGCGAGGGGUUGGUGAACCUGGGGUGAAGGGUGAGCCCGGAGCACCGGGGCUGGCUGGUUUGCCAGGCCUGCCAGGAGAGGACGGGGCACCGGGGCAGAAGGGUGAGCCAGGAGCUAUCGGUCUGAGGGGGUCUGAAGGUGCUCCUGGGAUUGGCACCCAGGGUGAGAAGGGCGAUCAAGGCCAGAGGGGAAUAAGAGGCUUGGCCGGUCCGCCGGGGAUCUCUGGACCUUCCGGAUCAAAGGGAGAACCAGGGACACCGGGACGAUUGGGUUUACCAGGAUUGCCGGGCCGUGGUAUCAUCGGACCCAAGGGUGAUCUUGGCCCACCUGGUUCUCCUGGUCCAAUCGGGGAGAUAGGCUACGGACUUCCUGGUCCGAAGGGUGACCGAGGCGAAUCGGGUCCCCCCGGCCCAUUUGGUCCCAAAGGAGAAGGAUAUCCCGGCUCCAUGGGCCCUCCUGGUAUGCCAGGCCUCCCAGGAGAACCAGGCCUUGAAGGAGUCGGCAUCCCCGGACCAAAAGGGGACGUUGGUUUCCGCGGAUUACCUGGUUUACCCGGACCACCCGGUGAGGGGCUCCAAGGACCACCGGGUAACAUUGGACGUCCGGGCCCCCCAGGGCAUCAAGGACCUCCAGGACAGGGGAUUCAAGGGCCAAAGGGCGAACAGGGCUCCCAGGGCGUGACCGGACCAAGAGGUCUUCCCGGAGAGGGCUUCCCCGGAGUCAAAGGUGACCGUGGUUCGGCAGGCGAGCGGGGGCUGAAGGGAAUCAAAGGAGAUUUGGGCGACCCCGGUGUCCCUGGGCAAGCUGGCCGACCCGGGUCAAAAGGUGAAGCAGGCCUCACUAGGGAAGACAUAAUUCGAAUGAUCAAGGAGAUUUGCGGGUGCGGCAUCAAGUGUAAGGAGAGGCCCAUGGAGCUGGUGUUUGUCAUUGACAGCUCGGAGAGCGUGGGCCCAGAAAACUUUGAAAUUAUCAAGGACUUUGUGACAGCGCUGGUGGACCGGGUCACGGUAGGCCGGAACGCCACCAGAAUCGGCCUGGUGUUAUACAGCCUGGAGGUGAAGUUGGAGUUCAACCUGGCCCGCUACAUGACCAAGCAGGACGUGAAGCAGGCCAUCAGGAACAUCCCUUACAUGGGGGAGGGCACCUACACCGGCACAGCCAUCCGCAAAGCUACCCAGGAGGCGUUCUACAGCUCCCGAGUCGGGGUCAGCAAAGUGGCCAUCGUGAUCACGGAUGGACAGACAGACAAGCGGGAGCCCAUGAAAUUGGAUUUAGCUGUACGGGAAGCCCAUGCGGCCAAUAUUGAGAUGUUUGCCCUUGGGAUCGUAAAUACCUCUGAUCCUACGCAGGCCGAGUUCCUGCGAGAGCUAAAUCUGAUCGCCUCAGAUCCAGAUAGCGAGCAUAUGUUCCUCAUCGAUGACUUCAACACGUUGCCAGCUCUGGAAUCCAAGCUAGUCAGCCAGUUCUGCGAGGACGAGAACGGAGCCCUGAUAUAUAACCGAAUCACUAAUGGCUACAACAGCUACGGGAACAAUGGUUACAGCGGCAGUAGCCAUAGCAACAGUGGCAACAGGAACAUCAUCAACGGGAACUAUGGCGUCGGUGGCUAUGGCUACCGGCCCACCAGCGAGCAGGAAUUACUGAGUGGGCAUCAGACUGGCGUUAAUGCUGGCAACAGAGUUCACGGUCAGGGUGGCAGAGGAGAAACCAUCCGGCCUAGCGGCAAAGGCUCCAGCACGGGACAAGCCGGCGUGGGGCAGAAGCUGCAUGUUGACUCGUCGAACGCGGCAACCGAACGCGGGGACACAUUUAACCGCAACACCUCGCCCUCGAUAAUCGUUCCUCCGGAGCAGGAGAGCUCAUCCUCCAACACAGGCGGCUCGUCCUCAUCCUCAUCUUCAUCCUCUACCAACAUAACUACAUCAUCAUCGGGUGUAUCUGUCCAGCGCGUGCCUCCGGCUCUUCCCAAAGAGUUUGUCCCCUUGGACCCUCGCUGCGGGCUGGUUCUGGACCAGGGCACGUGUCGGGACUAUAACAUCCGCUGGUACUACGACAAGCAGGCCAACGCCUGUGCCCAGUUCUGGUAUGGUGGCUGUAACGGCAACAAGAACCGCUUCGACACAGAGGACGAGUGCAAGAGGACGUGUGUGCUGGCCAGAUCCACCGGAGGCUGAAUGAACACCUGCUGUAGAUUUCAUCGUGAGGAGGGGCAGCUGGUACUGGCAGUUUUUCCACAGAGGUCAUGUAAAACAGUUUGCAUAAUUCCCAUGCAUACACAUUGGUGCAUGUACCAGGUCACCAUCCACUUUCGUGAGAAACCAUUACGCUGAGUCUCCUGUGUCUUAAGCAUGCCCCACCCCACCCCAACACCACACAUUCACACAUGCUCACACCGUUUAACCUGUGUUGUAGUACUUAUUGUACCCGCCUGUCUGAGCCUACUUGCAGAGACAGCACAUCUAGGUUAGAUAUCCUCAACGUGUAUAAUUAUUGUUACGUGAUAGAAAAUAUAUCAGCCUCUGUCGUAGGGGAAAUCAUACACACUCAGGAAUACAGAUGAGCUCUUAUCUGAACAUACAAACCUGCACCGUUGUCUGCAGCUCCCAGGAAGUGUGUGGUUAUUGUACGAGCAUCAUUUAUCUCGAGACAGCUGUAAGUAUUUUGCAAAAAAAAAAACAAAUUGACACUUUCUUCUGCGUCAUGAUCCGUUAUGUCUUCAUGCCGUUGUAUUCAGCAUCAUUCCAGUUAGUCUCUUAUGACGUGACAUAAGACAUUAUACCGUAACCAUCCACUUCCUCACUAACAUAACGUCACUGUAUUACUGUUUUAUUAAGCUGGGAAAGGACGACUUUGGUGCUGUAACUUGUCUCUAACAUAUAAUCACACGAGCCAGCAACAUACCGCAAGUAAAUGAAGCCUCCUUUACAAAGCUGUUCCUUAUAUCCACAAAACACAUUUUUUGUCUUGUUCUGUUUACGUUUGUUGGUUGUUGUUUUGUUUUUUUUAAUCCACAAUACUGGUGCUCUGUUUUGUUAAGAAAUAGUUUUGUUUAUUUGAAUGUUUUUUUUGUGCAGAUUUUAUUGAUGAAAAUGUGAUCCCGUUUAAGUCAUUUUUACCACUCAGCUCAAUAA